CCUUCAAAAUCUAAUUGUUCGUCUGAUUUAGGAGGGAGGAGGAGAGGAGAGAAGAAUUCAAAUUAAUUGGAAGCAUCAAUCGUGAUUCCAAAGGCGGUUGGUUAUUAAGUAUUGAUGGAAGAGAGGAGAAAAGGAGUUGGGUUUGGAAGGAUGAAGGGUCCCUUUGGUGUUCCUGAAAAGCCAGAAUUCUGUGUUGGGUUGGAUGCUCCAUUGAGCAAGGUGAAGAUGGAGCUUCUCAAUCGACCUAAGUCCAUCAUUGUGGUCACUGGUUUUGGAGGAUCUGGGAAAACCACUCUCGCUACUUUGCUCUGUUGGGAUCAACAGAUCAAGAGUAAAUUCAGGGAAAAUAUAUUUUUUGUGACCUUCUCGAAAACUCCUAAGUUGAAGAUCAUGGUGGAAAGAGUAUUUGAACACCUUGGAUAUGAAGUACCUAAGUUUCAAAACGAUGAAGAGGGAAUUAAUCAAUUGGGACUUUUACUAAGGAAAUUGAAGGGAAGCCCAACGUUGAUGAUUCUGGAUGAUGUUUGGCCUGACUCAGAAGAUCUGGUGGAGAAAUUUAAAUUCCAUUUAUCAGAUUAUAAACUUUUGGUUACUUCAAGGGUUGCAUUCCCAAGAUUUGGCACCCCAUGUGUCUUAAAACCACUCCUUCAUCAAGAUGCAAUGACCUUUUUCUUUCACUAUGCUCGCUUGGACAGUAACACUUUAAAUAUUCCAGACCAAGAUACAAUCCAAAAGGUCGUGAAAAGUUGCAUGGGUUUACCACUUGCCAUUAAAGUGAUUGGUAGGUCACUGAGUCAUCGACCGAAUGAGUUAUGGCAAAAGAUGGUGCUAGAAUUGUCAGAUGGUAAUUCCAUAUUACUUGAUUGUAACACUGAAUUGUUAACCUACCUUCCUAAGAUCUUAGAUGUACUCGAAGAUAAUACAGUCAUCAAAGAGUGCUUCAUGGACCUAGGGUUAUUUUCAGAAGACCAAAGAAUUCCUGUUACUGCUCUUAUUGACAUGUGGGCGGAGUUGUAUGGACUAGACAAUGACGGCAUAGAAGCAAUGGCCAUUAUCAACAAAUUAGAAUCCAUGAAUCUUGCUAAUGUCUUAAUAACACGGAAGAAUUCAAGUGACACAGACAACUAUUACUACAAUAACCACUUCAUCGUCCUUCAUGAUCUUCUGAGAGAGCUGGCAAUUUAUGAAAGCACCCUGGAACCAAUUGAAGAGAGAAAAAGACUGAUCAUUCACACAAACGAAAAUGAAAGUGAAGGGGGGCUUGAUGAGAAGCAACAAGGCUUUGUGAUCCGCAUAUUAUCAAAUUGUUUUAAAUAUUGUGUUAAACACAAACCCCAACAGAUCACUGCUCGCACAUUGUCCAUAUCAAUUGAUGAAAAUAUUUCUUCAUGUUGGUCACACAUGCAUCCAACCCAAGCAAAGGUUCUAAUUUUGAAUCUUCGAGUUAACCAGUACUCCUUUCCGGAAUCCAUGAAGAAAAUGAGAAAACUGAAAGCUCUGAUAAUCACAAAUUACAAUUCUCAUCCAUCUGAGCUGACCAAUAUUGAGCUCCUUGGCUCUUUAUCCAACCUGAAAAGAAUUAGAUUAGAGAGGAUUGCUGUUCUUUCAUCAUUUGUCACACUGAAGAGUCUUAGAAAACUAUCCAUAUACAUGAGCCAAGCUUUUCAAAAUGGCAUCCUCCUAACUUCAGAUGCAUUUCCAAACCUAGUGGAUUUGAACAUUGACUAUUGCAAAGAUAUGGUGGUGUUGCCAAGUGGUUUGUGUUACAUUACCCCACUGAAGAAACUCAGUGUCACUAAUUGCCACAAGCUCUUAGCACUACCUCAGGAAAUUGGAAAGUUGGUGCAUUUGGAACUGCUAAGGCUCAGUUCUUGUACCGAUCUGGAAGCGUUACCAGAGUCUAUUGGAAGGCUUCAAAAUCUAAGGCAUCUUGACAUCUCAAACUGCAUAAGCCUUUCAAAUUUACCAGAAGACGUUGGAAAAUUGUUUAAUCUGAGAAAUCUGAGGAUGAUAAAUUGUGAAAGGUGUGAAUUGGCAUACUCAGUAGUGAAUCUUGUGAAUUUGAAGACAGUGAGUUGCGAUGAAGAGACAGCUACUUCAUGGGAAGGGUUCAAAGCUAUGCUUCCGAAUCUACUGAUAGAGGUGUCUCAAGUUGAUGUAAACUUAAACUGGCUUCCUUCAGUUAGCUCCUAAGCCUCUUUCUAUCACGUGCCAGUCUUUCAUUUCCUGC